AUGAAGUGUGUCACGUAUGCAGAUACACUCCACUCACUGGGCAUUUUGAGAGCACUUGUACAGGAAAGGUCUGGUGUUUUGGAGUGGUGCCUCGAAACUCCUAAUCGAUAUCGAAAGGGAAUGGCGGAAUCGAGAUUGUAUUGGCUAAUCUGCGUAGAAGGCGAAGAUCGGUUUGGGAUCAACAAAGUUGAGCCAGAAGGCUUGACUUUACCUAUAUCGACAAUACUAUUUCUGGGAGCAAUACGAGGCCAUUCACGUACAGCCUAA